AUGAAAUCCUUUUUCAAGACGAAGAAGAAGUCGAACAAGGGCUACUAUAAAUCGUCAGAGAACUAUCAUGGGCAGAGUGUGAAAAUCGUUGAUGCUCUGAAGGAUGGAAUUGUAGCUGAUGAAGAAGCGGAUUGGUUAAUGGAGAAUGAACGGCACAAUCCGUAUCAACCAUACAAAACAACGCCGCCGCGAGCGGAAGGACAAGCGAGAGAGGACAUAUUCAAACCCGAGCUUUUAAUUCGAACCCAACAGGAAGAAGCUGAGGAAGAGAAGAUACCUGAAAAAGAACCUGUUACGGAGCCUUUGAAUGAAACUAUGGAAAGUUCCUUUUCGGAUACUGAUGAGGGGCCAGUUCAAGAAGAUGCAGUCCCACAAGAUCUGUUCGAUUCUAAGGAGACUGCGGAACUAGAAGAGACAUUUCAAGCUAGUUUCUUCUCGGAUCUCUAUUCGGUCGCCUCCGGAAUACCCGGUUUGGAAGUAUCAGAAGAUAAGCAGAAAGCAAUGGACGAAAUCGACGAGCUAGUCGAGGAAUACAAUGAGCACGUGACGGAUGAUGAUACCGCCGAUGAAGAUAAUAUUGGAUUUUUCGGACUCGACGACUCCGGCGACGAGGGCUUGGUCGGAGACCUGGAUGAAUCUUCUUCAUCCCGCAGUGACUACAGCACCUCCUCUGGUGAGGAUGGUUUUACGGAGCAGCAGCAGCAGCAGCAAGAACUCCCAACCAAGACGUCUACUGUGAUUCCAUCCUCUCAAGAAGAGAAGAAGGAAGAGAAAACUGAGAUUUCCCAGCCAUCGAGUAGAGAUGCGAGUAGCAAGACCGGGUCUACAAACCGGGAUGCCAGUUUUAAAUUCGAUAAAUUCGAUGUGGGCUCUGGUGCCAUGGAAGCUCACGAGGAGGUCGGGCUAUUUGCAGGCAUGAGUUUGAAACAAAUGUUUUGGGACGACCUCGACGAGAGCGAAGUUGACGAAGACGAUGUUGACAGCGACGAUUACGAUAUGGAUGAUUUUUCAGAUAAGGAGGAUCCGAACUUUACUCAAGAAGUCACUCAAGACGAAGCCGCGCAAGAAGUCACUCAAGAAGAAGUCAAUCAAGAAGUCACUCAAGAAGUCAAUCAAUAUUUCGAAUCAACAGAUCCAAUUGACCAGGCUGACUUUGAUGAGCAUGUUAUGUCUACCGAGAUCAUAGAGACCGAGUUCUCCGUAAGGACUACAGAAGAAGACCCACCGGCGACAACUGUUGCCAUUGAGGAAUCGGUUGAUUUUGAUGUAGACGAUACAAUGGAGAAUCAAAAUGAUUCACAAACCAUUGAGCCGAUGGUUCUUCUUGAAAGAUUUGCUGGGAAAGGCUUCGAGAAGCCGGAGGAGGACCAAGAGCCAGGAAAGGUGCAUCCAAAGGCGACUGCCGUGCGAAAGAAGAACAAGCCUUUCAGAUUUGGUGGUUUCUCUGGGCGCAAGAACUCGGGUGUAAAGAAGAAUACCGUGGCGCCCAAAGAAGCCGAAAAAAACCUUGUGAGAUCAACCUCCAAGCAAGAAACGGCUACCAAAGCGACAAGCCCCUUAAGGAAGCCACGAGUUACCACCGACAAGGCCAAGACUGAAGCAGCCUCUAUCUUCGAACCAGAAGUACCGACUUCUCCAUCCGUUACAACCACAGUGGAGGCAAGCACUGAAUCUAGACCUUCUCAUACUGAACCCAGACCAGAACUCGAGCCUUCUCAAACUCAAGCGACUCGAGCUAUAGGGGCCACGAGUGUCCCAGCGCCCGCGACGAAGAUUGAGAUCGUGGAGAAACCACUCCAAGAAAAGGAGGACGAGCAACAGUCCGAACUUGCGGCGUUCUCAGCAAUGAUGCAAGAUGUCUAUCAAUUUACAUUUGGGAAUUUCCCGCAAAUAAAGAAACAAUAUCAUAAGAGUCCAAAGGAGAUUUGGGCCGAGCCCGCAGUAGACCGUGGCUUUGAAACCUGUCAUUCUUAUGUUGGCGGAGAACCGUAUAUUCAAAAGGCAAUUUCCCAUGAUGAGCAAAACAACCAAGUUUCUUCUAUUUCGAACGAGCUGCCUGUUGAAGCUGCAGCCACCACUCCUAGUAACAAGGUGAGCACAGGUAGUAACAAGGAUGGUGUUGGCGAAAACGACACGCCAGCAACAACACCCGCGUCGUCCGCUGGAUCCCUAUCACAAACUGCAGACGACAAAGCGGUUCCAGAAAGUCCAAAGAUCGAGGAAGGAUAUGAAGUACGACCGGGGCAAGCAUCGGAAGAAAUCCACGAAGUGGCUUCAGGGAUAGGGUUUGAAUUUUCCCAAAAGAUUCACACGAUUUUUAGAACUACCAAUAGCAAGGGCAAGAAGCAAUCGAAAAAGAGCAAAUCAAGUUGGUUCGGUCGCAAGAAGAGUGCAAAACCAAAAACGACUAAACAGUAA